AUGGACUCCGAGCAAGUUACCCAGUCACUAGAACUGGAAGAAAGGCUAUCCCGAAUUCGAUCACAAUGUAAUUCUAAGUUGGAUAACCAGAAACACAUCGCUAUCAUCUUAUCCGCCGUUGAGGAAAAUAUGGAUGAGCAGCAGGCGACUAACAAAAACUUUGUUAGCUACUUGAUUUCGUUCAUGUCUUUGUUAGAUCAAUCAAUUGACGCAACUACCAAUCAAAUUCAAGAUGUUCAGUUGGCUUCCUCGUCUACUUAUCUAUUAGACUUGCUAUUCCAAUUCACACAAAAGAAAAUACUAAGAUCUAAAUUUUCUGAAUUGUUAAUGAAAAUAGCGCCAUGUAUUACUGAUGAACGAGCUACUCCACCGUUAAUUAGGUCAGCUAUAGGUUGCUUAGAGUCGUUGCUUAUAGCGCAAGACGCACAGGCAUGGAAUAAUACACAACAGUUGGCCGUUAACCCUGUUAGAGGCUUAAGUGGUCUACUUGAGUUAUCUCUGGAUGCAAGAUCGAAAAUCAGGAAGAGGGCGCAAGAUGGUAUUAGUAAAAUUUUGUCCAAUCCCCCACCAUCGCCCUCAACAGAACAUAUAGCGGCUCCAAUAAUCGCUAAUUUUGCAGUGAAAGCUUUGGCAAGUAUUCUUGAUGAGGCUUCAAAUAUUUCAAACAAGAAGCUCAGAGCUAUGGGUGGAUCCGAAGAUUUGAAUUCAAGAGUGAUCCGCGUUUUGAAAUUGAUAAACACUAUCACUUCUACCAAUCAAUGGCCGUCGCAGUUGACUGAACAACUUUGCGAUUUAUUACUAGAAGUGUCUAGGUCUUCCAAUCAAUACUUGGUAUCAAAUGCCUUUAACUGCUUUGAAUCCCUUUUUAAGUCUAUGGCAGAGUCUAGCGUUUCCUCUGGAUUGGCGGAAGACAAGUUUCUAAAGGUCAUAGAUAUCAUCUUUUCUAUGAAACCGUCAAAUACCGAUUCACAUUUAGCUGUUCCAUGGAUUGCAGUUAUAGCUAAAGGUGUCACAACGUAUGCUUUUCAUCAACCGAUGAAGUGUCUGAUCAAGCUUCCAGAAAUAUUCAACAUCAUGACAUUCUAUUUAUCCAGUGAAACCCCAGAAGUUUACUUCAACACUGCUCAAUGUUUAAUUACUCUUCUCACAGAUGCUGUCAAAGACGAAUUAUUGUUAUACCCACCGGCAGUAACUACGGAGGUUUAUGAAUCGGUUGAUGAAGUUAUCUCAAAGUUGGCAGAAAUUUUCACAGGCUAUCUAUCUAUUAACUUCACUCACUGUUCCAAAGAUGUUCUAAAUGUACUCUCGGUGGCCUUUAAAAAAUUUAAACAUAGAUGUAAUCCAGAUUUUAUCAAACCGUUGGAAAUUGUUGGUAACUGGAGGACUAAUGAAGAAAAUUCCCUAGAUUUCAAGAAUGAAGCAGAACAAGUUAUUGGUAGUGCAAUUCAAGGUAUGGGACCUGAAGUUGUUUUGGGAGCCAUCCCAUUAAACUUAGAAAACCAAUCCGACAGCAGACCUGGUAGAGCUUGGCUGCUGCCAAUAAUCAGAGAUAACACUAGAAAGUCUAAGUUAUCUGUUUUUACCAAACAAUUGAUGCCAUUAAUUCAAUUUUUCGAGUCUAAAUAUGAUAAUCUUGACAGUGCUUCUGUCCAACUUAGAUUACUUCAAACCAUUGUACACCAAUUAUGGUCUACUUUGCCACAUUUUUGUGAUUUGCCAAGUGAUUUAAGAGAGGUGUUUACAGAUCAAUUUGCUGCUGAUCUAUCUUCUGCAAUGUAUUCUAAAGUUGAACUGAGAACCAUAAUUUGCAAUUCGUUAAAACAACUAGUCGAAAGCAAUAUGCUUUACGCUAGGGAUGGUACUACUCCAGAUGUUUUACUGGAACAGCAGUUUCCAAUCUCUGAAGCUGAGAAGAAUUUGGAGUACUUAUCCACAAAAGCUUCAAAUAUUUUGGCUGUGCUAUUUAAUAUUUACACUCAAACUACACCAAAUUCUAGAAGUUAUACUUUGGAAACUAUUGAAGCAUAUUUGAGAAUUGCAUCACCUAGAGACUUGUCGAAGACUUUUGACAAUGUUUGUGCUCUACUUAAAGAUGCAAUGGAAAAAGAAUCGGUUGCCCAAAAAAAUAUGAAUCAGAAUAAAAUGAGUGCCACGUUAUUGGAUUUGAUUGUCGUUAUGACUAAGUUUAUCCCAGAAUCUUCUUAUGGCGCUUUGUUUUCUAUUUUUAACACUAUCGUCAAUUCACCAGAUUCUCUGACUCAAAAAAGAGCAUACAGAAUUAUAACUAAUCUCUCGCAACUAGAAAGAGGUUCUGAAGCCGUCUUGGGAUAUCUUUCUGAUAUAGAAAAGGUCAUGAUUGAAUCAGCACAAACUGUACAAACUGCAUCUAAGGCUAGUAGAUUGGCAGCCAUAAAAAUAUUGAUAACGUUGUUGCCACCAGAUCAUCUUUCUUUCAUUGUUCAAUUAGUGGCAGAAGUUAUACUAUGUUGUAAAGAUGUUAAUGAAAAGUCUAGGGAGGCGGCAUUUGGCACUUUGAUCACAAUGUGUACAAAAAUGCAAGAUUCAACAGGAAUUGUUAAGUUAUCUCAAAUCCCUGGUUAUGACACCUCCAGUCCAGACCAACCUUCAUCGGUUACUGAAUUCUUUAAGAUCAUGUCUGCAGGGUUAAUUGGUAACUCUCAGCACAUGGUCAGCGCGACAAUUACCGCGUAUUCUUGUCUGGUUUUUGAAUUUAAAAAUCACCUAGAGCCCCAGGUCUUGACCGAUAUAUAUGAUACCAUUGAGUUGUAUUUGACUUCCAACUCCAGAGAAAUUGUCAAAAGUACAAUUGGAUUUUGUAAGGUUUGUUGUUUAAGUCUUCCCGAUGAGUUCAUGAGACCAAAAAUACCUGCUCUAAUUCCAAAGUUGUUACGCUGGUCACAUGAGCAUACUGGACAUUUCAAAUCGAGAGUUAAGCAUAUUAUUGAAAGAUUAAUCAGAAGAUUUGGUUAUGAUUUCAUUGAGGCUAAUUUCCCGGAAGAGGAUAAGAGAUUAUUGGCUAACAUUAGAAAAAUCCGUAAUAGAAACAAGCGGAAGGCUGAAGAAGAAGAAGGUGAGGAAGGAGUUUCUAAUAUGUCUAUGCCUUCUACGAAGAGUUCUAGGUUCAUGUCUGCAGUUGAUGAAGCUCUUUACGACUCUUCAGAUGAAGAUGAUGAAAACGAAAAGGAAGAGGACAUGGAGAAUGGGAAAAAGGGAACCAAACGAUACAUUGUAGAAUCUAACGGCGAUCCUUUAGAUCUUUUGGAUUCUCAAACUUUGGCCCAUAUUUCCUCCCAAAAGCCAAAGAAAAUUUCUAAUCACGGCCAAAACAAGAAGUUUUCCAAUAAUGGGAUCUUAAGUUUCGACAAUGAGGGCAAGUUGGUAGUUAAGGGUAAGGAAGAAAUAGAAGAUGAAGAUCCACUAAAGUCAAUCAACAGUGGUAUCGAUGCCUAUUUAGAAGCUCUAAAGAGUGGUCCAAUUAAGGGCCAGAAGGGAAGGUUGAAGUACAAGCGGGACAACAAAGGAACAGAUGGGAUCAGUGACGAUGAUGAACCUAUUCCUUCCAACUCUAGCAUAAAUUCGAGAAAGCACAAUAAAGUUGGUAAAAAGAAAGGCAUGUAUAAGAACAAGAGAAAAUUCUGA